GAUGGUGAACUUGACACAACCAGCCUUGCUCUGUUUUGGCAGCGUGCCCAAGGAGCCCAGCUUCCGGCACCACUUUCUGCAGGUGCUAGCGUACUUGCAAGCCUACAAAGAGGCCUUUGCCAGUGAGAAGGCUUUUGGAGUCCUCAGUGAAACUUUGUAUGAGCUGCUGCAGCUGGGCUGGGAGGAACGGCAGGAGGAAGACAGCUUGCUGAUUGAGCGGAUCUUGCUGCUGGUCAGAAAUGUUCUCCAUGUCCCAGCCGACCUUGAUCAGGAGAAGAGGAUCGAUGAUGACGCCAGUGUCCACGACCGGCUUCUCUGGGCGAUUCACCUCAGUGGCCUGGACGACCUGCUCCUCUUCCUGGCCAGCUCAACUGCAGAGCACCAGUGGAGCCUCCAUGUGCUGGAGAUCAUCUCCCUUAUUUUUCGUGACCAGAACCCUGAGCAGCUGGCAGGAGUAGGGCAGGGACGCUUAGCUCAGGAGCGGAGGACAGCUGUGGCAGAACUGGAGGUGUUGCGCCAGCGAGAGAUGGCAGAAAAGAAGACUCGAGCCCUGCAGCGAGGCAACAGGCAUUCUCGAUUUGGGGGCUCCUACAUUGUCCAGGGCUUGAAAUCCAUCGGGGAGAGGGACCUCAUCUUUCACAAAGGUCUCCACAAUCUCCAAAACUACACUUCCGAUUUGGGAAAGCAGCCCCGACGGGUUCCUAAACGUCGCCAGGCUGCCCGGGAGCUGUCCGUUCAGCGCCGCUCUGCCCUCAACGUGAGACUCUUUCUCAGAGACUUCUGCUCUGAGUUCCUGGAGAACUGUUACAACCGGCUCAUGGGCUCGGUGAAGGACCACCUGCUUCGGGAGAAGGCUCAGCAGCAUGAUGAGACCUACUACAUGUGGGCUUUGGCUUUCUUCAUGGCCUUCAACCGAGCUGCCUCCUUCCGGCCAGGCCUGGUUUCUGAGACCCUCACUGUCCGCACCUUCCACUUCAUUGAGCAGAACCUCACCAACUACUAUGAGAUGAUGCUGACCGACCGCAAGGAAGCCACCUCCUGGGCACGCCGGAUGCACCUGGCUCUGAAGGCCUAUCAGGAACUGCUGGCCACAGUGAAUGAGAUGAAUGUGUCCCCAGACGAGGCUGUAAGGGAGAGCAGCCGCAUCAUCCAGAACAACAUUUUCUAUGUGAUGGAGUACCGAGAGCUCUUCCUGGCACUCUUUCGAAAGUUCGAUGAGAGAUGCCAGCCCCGCUCUUUCCUUCGUGACCUGGUGGAAACCACCCACCUCUUCCUCAAGAUGUUGGAGCGGUUCUGCCGGAGCCGUGGGAACCUGAUGGUGCAGAACAAACGGAAGAAGAGAAAGAAGAAAAAGAAGGUCCUAGAUCAGUCCGUAGCUUCUGGUAAUGUCCCCUACAGCCCAGAGGAACUGGAGUCUGUGUGGCCCUCCCUGGCCGAGCAGCUACAGUGCUGUGCCCAGGAUCCUGAGCUCAGUUUGGACUCCAUGGUUCCCUUUGAUGCGGCCUCAGAGGUGCCCGUGGAAGAACAGCGGGCAGAAGCCAUGGUGCGGAUCCAAGACUGUCUCCUGGCUGGCCAGGCCCCACAGGCCCUGACCCUUCUUAGGUCUGCCCGGGAGGUGUGGCCAGAAGGAGAUGUGUUUGGCUCUCAAGACAUUUCCCCAGAGGAGGAGAUUCAGCUGCUGAAGCAAAUCGUCUGGGCCCCGCUUCCCCGGCAGCAGGGGCCAGAGGAACAAGGGGCGGAGGAAGAAGAUGAAGAAGAGGUGGAGGAGGAAGAGUUGCACGUGGUCGAGGUGUUGGAGAAAGAAUUUAACUUUCUGGACUACCUGAAACGCUUUGCGAACUCAACUGUCAUCCAAGCCUACGUGCUGCUGCUGCGGGGCUACAAGCAAAAUAGCGCCCACACCAACCACUGUGUCGUCAAGAUGCUGCACCGGCUGGCCUAUGAUCUCAAAAUGGAAGCCCUGCUUUUCCAGCUUUCCCUCUUCUGCCUCUUCAAUCGUCUGCUUAGCGACCCUGCUGCUGGGGCCUAUAAAGAGCUAGUGACUUUUGCCAGAUACAUCCUGGGCAAGUUCUUUGCACUGGCCGUGGUCAACCAAAAAGCCUUUGUGGAGCUGCUGUUCUGGAAGAACACAGCUGUGGUUCGAGAGAUGACUGAGGGCUAUGGCUCCCUGGAUGGCGGGUGAGAAAACAAGCCCCGAAGGUGAAAUGCUUUACCUGAGGUCACCUGAGAGAGGAAUUGGGAUUGAGCCUAAGUCUCCUGUCUACUCUGGUUUUCUUCUUCACCAGCGUUCGGGGGGGCAGUCAGAGUGGGGUGGCCCCCCAGAGGGAGUCUAUAUGUGCCUUAUCCCAAGAUGUGCUGGGAAAAGCCAUAAGGAUGCAUAGAAAUAUUUGUCCUCUUUCCCUGAGUAUCUCAGCUCCUCUCCUUUCACUCUUCUCUCUCUUUCCCAUAAUACUCUCAGCCCCUGCAGUGUCAGGUUCCAUGGGCCCAACCUGGAAAAUCUUAGUUUGACUUUUGGGUUCUUAAGUGGAAGGAGGGUAAGAGGAAGGAAGCACACCUUAGGCCUCUGCUAGCUGGCUCCUUUGCGGUACCUGCGUUGCCCUUAUUCCUUUUAGAAGAGAAGACCUUUGGUCUCCUCUUUUUGAGCCAACAAUCUACAUGCUCCCCUUCUCCUUUCCCC